GCCCUGCAGCUACUGGAGCCGGCUGUUGCUUCUCCCGGGUGCCCCCAGGGGCGGGCAAACCCCCCACACAUCCUGGGUGAAGCAUGGUGGCAGCAGGCGGGUUGGAAGUACAAGCGCACCUCAGACCCGAGCAGUGUUGACAGGUUUUAAAUAAGAAGUUAUAGUAUUGGAAGCUCGAAAUGACCGUAUUUACUGAAAAAUUACUGUGCACUGAAAAAAGAUAUGCGAAUAAGUAUGCAAAUGUGUCUUAUUUACUUUGUAUUGCUCACUGUAACACUCAGUGAGAGAGUGGGGACUGGCCCAUCAAAGCUGAAGCAUUUCUUUAGGUUGAGGCAAGCAGUCAUGAGUGCUGAUAGCAAAGCCAGAAGGCUGUUAAGACACCCUGAAAAUGAACUGGGUUUUGCAUAUGCUGCAUCAAUUAGCUGCCUCAAAAAGUACUGUAUGUUUUGAGCACUUUUACUAUUAUUGAUUGUACAGUAGACAGGGGUUGAAAUGAUCAUAUAAAGCAAGAUGGGCAAGGCGGAGCUAGAUUGGGCAUCUGAAAUUUGACCAGCAAGUAGCUAGGCCCUGCCCUCCACCCCAACCCUGCCUGUUAUUCUGAAGACUUAAAUUCCCAUCGCCACCUUGUUUUUUGAACAUUAAAAAAGACAGUGCAGCCUCAAGGCUGAGCACUCCCCAGCCACAGCCUUUAUUUUGAUAAUUAUCAUACACCUGGCAGUACUGGACCCAAGCCCCACCCUGCCCGCUCCUGUGAAACCUUGAGCAAGGCAUGAAUUUUCAUAGGCCAGAACCGACUUUGUGGCAUGCAAGGAGUCAUUUCCUUCCUUUGCCACUUGGCUGUGAAGCCCCCAAAGGCUGCAGAGAGGCAGGCAGCUGUGGGAGGCCCGUCCCAGUCCAGCAGGGGCACCUUUACUGACUGAAACACAGGACUCAGUAACACAGCGAUAGCAGCAGCGUCUCUUGCUUACACCUGCCAUUUGUGUUUGGAGACCCAGGAAGUGGCCUGUGACAAGUGGACAUUUCCAUUAAAGUAAUCAUUUCUAAAAUGCCAUGCUCAGGAAGCUGAAUAGUAAAUCUCAAGGCUGCUUUAUUCAGAUGUAUCUGCUCAGUGAGUGCUUGCAUCCUGGUUAAAGCAGGAAAGAAAAUCUCUUUACAAAAAUGGCUCAUACAUAUUCCCCCUCCCCUUCCUUGUUCUUUCGACAGCUCUAUUCUCCCCUCUCCAGACAAUAAGGCAUACACUGACCUUUCUGUUAUUAUUAGGGGUCUACUUAAAUUGCAGUUUCACAGAUUUCACAGAAACCAUGAAAUCUGGGACUGUCCACAAAGUCAGCAACAAAACAUUAUGCUGGCUCCCCAGUGGUUAGUGGUCCUCCCUGCUGCUGCAGUCCAGACUUACAGCCAAGUGGAGGGAAAGGCACCAGGUGGCAGGGCUGAGUGAAGUACAGCAGAAAAGAUGGCCACCACUCCCUUCCCCUCCCCGGGCCUCUCCUCUGAUUGGCGCCGAGGGGCAGGGCUGCAUGAAGGGCAGACAGCAGUCAAGAUGGUGGCUGCUGUGUUCCUUGCUUACCCCCUGGGCGCCUCUGCCAAUCAGUGGCAAGGGGCUGGGCUGCCAGGAUACGCCCAUGAAAUAAGUUCUUCAUGCCAAGACCAAGCCAUGAAAAUUUCUGUCUCUUAUCAUGAGUUAAGCAGACCCCAGCUAUUGUGCACCAGCUACACUAAGUUCUGUACAAAAUUUGAAAGUAGUUUUUGGCCUCUACUCAAACAUUUAUCCUCAAACAUGUCUUAAGUCAGUGGUCAGCAACAUGGGCUGUGAGCCACAAUGACCCAGCUCAGGUCAGAGGCAGGAAGGGAGAUGCUAGGACCCAGCCACUACUACUGCUUAUCCCUGUGGUGGCAUAGGGACAGUUCCUGCUGCCAAAUACUGAAACCCCACAUCCACAAAUUGGACCAAAAGGCUCCAUGGACCAGAUCUGGCUUGUAGGUUGCUGACCUCAACCUUAGAUUGAGCAGUGAAUGGCUGUGAAUACUAUGUUAUAUCAAACUGCAUGAUUACAGAUGCAAGAUGAUACAGAUGAUACAAAAGAUGUAAAAUGGCCUUACUUUUCUAACAUGUUAUGUAUGUAGUAUAUAGAGCUCGCUUUUGAUUUCCUUCCAUGAAAUAAGUCGCAGACAACUUUUGCUUUCCGUAUAAAAUUCUUAUCUAGAGAAAUUGAUUGCAUCAUUGUUUUUCUAGGUCCGUACGCUAAGCUGCUUCUUGAUGCUAUGAAGCAGUCUGGCUGCAUUGCUUUCAAAGAUCGGCACUUUGCAUGUGAGACCUGUGAUGGGCUUGCCGUUGGAGGCUUUGAUGCUGCUACCUCACAGAUUGUUUUGUGUCAGAACAGUAUUCACCGUCAGUCUCUUAUGAACCGAGUGGUUACACAUGAACUGAUUCAUGCUUUUGAUCACUGUCGUGCCCAUGUUAAUUGGUUAAGCAAUGUGAAACAUCUAGCCUGUUCAGAGAUUCGAGCUGCUAACCUCAGUGGAGAUUGCUCACUAAUGAAUGAAAUAGCCAGAUUUAAAUUUGGAUUAAAAGGGCAUCAUCAGACCUGUGUACGAGACAGAGCUGUUCGUUCCAUUUUGGCUGUUAGGAAAGUCAGCAAAGAAACAGCAGAAAAAGCCGUGGAUGAAGUUUUUGACACCUGUUUCAAUGAUCAGGAACCAUUUGGAAGAAUACCACACAAUAAAAAAGACGCAAAAUAUGCUCACAAGGAUUUUCAGAACAGAGACCAAUAUUAUGCAAAUAUUUAAAAGACUGUUAAUCUCUAGGUUGUAAUACUGAAAAUGGAACGCAGGCAUCUUGUGCUGAUGGAGGGGGAAAAUAAAAUUACUCACGACUUUGUAUCGUCUCCUUGCCCAAGAGCCAAGUUUCACUGGUGUUUGAGAGAUGAUCAGAGCUGUGAACCAUGGAUUUCCUCAUCUAGUUUUUGGUGUUUCAGUAUUUCAAAAGACUUAACAGGAAUUUUUAAACUACACAUUUUGGUGCAUAUGUAAGUUUGCUUUGGACCAACCAAGAAUUCAUUUUCAAAAUGUUUGUCUUAUGCCAUUACUGAAUAAACUGAUAUCUUAAA